UAAAAGUGUUGUUUUUUCACGCCCACAUUCCUCGCAGUUUGUUUAUAUUUGUAAGCAUGUGUCGGUAGACGAUUUUUCUGAGAAUCCCCGCGUGUUUGACUCAAACAAGCAUCCGGCUUAGUAACAACCCUGCCACCAGAUGGCAGCUAGGACUCUGUUGACGUGCGUGUAGUCAUUGCAUGUCUCAUUGAUGCUUUGAUUUGCUUUCAAACAGACAUGAUGUGUAGUUCAUCUGUUUGCUGAGGGUUUCUUUUUUGGACAGAUUUGUGUACAAAUUGAGUUUUAGAAUUAAAUUUUGUUACAAAAAUAACUUCAAAACGGAUACAAACUUUUAUUUCGAUUUCCCACUUUAAAAAGAGAUUUACUUCUGCAGCUAAACAGCAAGGUCUGCAGCUAAACAGCAAGGCCUGCAGCUAAACAGCAAGGUCUAUGUGAGUCAGCGUCAGUUAAAACAUGAGGGCUAAUCUGAUACUUGUCAUGGUGAUGUCACUGGGGUUAAGAAGCGUGGAGUCAGUUUGUCCAAUGACACAAGACGUCUGCGAGUAUUGGCUGGAAAUAGAGACUUUAAUGACCAUGAUGGACUACAAGACGGCAGUCUACGCUUCCAGUGGAAAACUUUAUCACUAUAAUGUAACGAAUACGACAUUGGUUACACCCAUUGAUAUUGGUAACGUGAUCAUUGCAGACGGCUGGGAAAAUCAAAGACUGGUCAUAGCAGUCAAUAAAACAAUACCUGGACCUUCUAUUGAGGUGUACGAAGGUCAAACUGUCAUAGUACACGUUACUAAUAAACUGCUGGCUGUUGGGAUCAGCAUCCAUUGGCAUGGUCUGCAUCAGAGAGGUACAGUAUGGAGUGAUGGUGUUGGUUUUGUUACUCAGUGUCCUAUAUUACCUGGUCAAACGUUCACAUACAGAUUUGUAGCUGAUCCCAAGGGAACAUUUUGGUACCACGCCCACGUAGGAACUCAAUUGUCAAUGGGUUUAUUUGGGCCUUUCAUUAUCAGAGAGAGGCGGCCGUUGCAGAUGGAAGAGUUCAUUAUGACAUUACAGGACUGGAACCAUGACAUGGACUCUGAUCUAAUCUAUUAUAAAAUGGUGUAUGGUAAUUAUGAGAGCCGAGUUAAGAUUCAAGCCACUGGAUCAUUAGAAGGGGCACAUUUUAGUAUGUUUAAGUUUCAGUCAGGACUAAUCAAUGGGAAAGGAAGAUAUUUUAAACCGGAUGGUUCUUCCACUGAGGCUCCAUUGACUGUAUACAAUGUGAAGCAGUUUAAAUCUUACAGAUUCAGAGUUAUAGGAGCAGGCAAUCUUUAUCCAUUUAGAGUUUCAAUUGAUGAACAUAUGCUCAGGGUUGUGGCUACUGAUGGUAAUGAAGUACAUCCAGUAGAAGUGGAAUCCUUUAUAAUCAACCCAGGAGAAAGAUUUGACUUUGUGGUAGAUGCAAACCAAACUGUCAACAAUUAUUGGAUAAGGGCAGAAACUCUAGAAGUCAAUGUCAGUAAUCACAUUGCUUUGGCUAUAUUUAAAUAUGCAAAUUCUCCAGAUUUUGAUCCCAAUACAUCCAGAAAAAAUUGUACAAAGAAUGACAGAUGUCUUGUUGCCAACUGCCCAUUUCUUUACUAUCCAGAAGGAGAAAAUGUGAAUUGUAUUAAUUUAAAUAAAUUUAAGUCAGCGGAAAGCAUAAGUGUACCAGGAGUAAAAACAGAUGAAAAUAACAUAGCUGACAUCUUUCUGAACUUUGCUUUCCCUGGAAAAAAUGAAACACCUGGUUCUGCCAAUGGAAGACAUUUUGUGAUGCCUCAUGUUUCUGCUUUGACACAGUGGAAUGAAGUCAAAACAUUUUGUAAGCCAGAUGAAUGUGGUGAAGACAGAAUAUGUAAAUGUACCUACUCCCUAGAACUCCAGUAUAAUAAAGUCUACCAACUAGUUCUUUUGAACAUGGGACAAGGUAAAGGCUGGGCGCACCCAAUGCACUUACAUGGUCAUAAUUUCCAUGUACUCAAGAUUGGAUAUCCAGAAUAUGACAAUGUCACUGGGCAAUAUUCUAAAGAAAAUUUAGAUGUAGACUGUAGAGGAGAUCUUGACAGAGAGAAAAGUUUUUGUAAUUCUGCUACUUGGACAAACCAUUCAUGGGGAGGUAAUAACAUUCCAGGUCUUCAACUCAAUCAUCCUCCAAUAAAAGACACAGUUGUUGUUCCUACAGGAGGAUAUGUAAUUGUUCGAUUUAAGGCAACUAAUCCUGGAUUGUGGAUAAUGCAUUGCCAUAUAGAAUUACACAAUGCAGAUGGUAUGGCUUUAUUGUUCAAUGAAGCCAAAGAGUUACAUCCCAAACUUCCCGCAGGCUUACCACAGUGUGGAGAUUUUAUUUACACUAAUAAUAUGGAGGAAGAAAAUAAAGGAGAAAAACAUGAGAAAGUACUUUAUGCAGUCAUUGGAGCUCUAGUUGCUGUCAUAGUUAUCCUUUUUGUAAUAAUAUUUAUAAUCAAAAGAAAAAAUCAUAGUAAUAUGACUUCAUUACACUCACGCUAUACUGAAAUGAGGUAACAUUGUGUUUAGAAAAACAUCAACAAUAUUAUAACAGUUAUGUCUUUUUCUUUUAUUUUGCUAAUUAAAUGUAUGAGAAACUAGUUUAUAUAUAUAUAUAUAUAUAUAUAUAUAUAUAUAUAUAUUAAACCUGCUAAGCAUGAAGUCUGACAUUCUAUAGAAUGACUAGAACUAUUGCAGGUUGAAAUUUUGAUUUAAGUAUUUAUUAUUAACAUAAGUUUCUAAGAAUAAUAUUUCUAGGUAGGGAAAUUACCCAUUCAGAAGGUGUUACAUAUUAUGUUGUCUAAAAGAAGGAAUAAAACAAUGAUAAGAUUAAUGACUAGUGAGAAGGAUUCACAUGACUAGAACUUGAUUUAUAAGCUGCAGUUUCAUAGGAAAUAGUGAAACUGUUUUGUAGGAUUUGAUAAAGUUGUUUUCUACUUUGCCUGUCUGAAAAAGCCAACGUAAUGCUUUGACUUUUCAUUUUGCAUAAGUUGAAGACACAUAUUGAAUUUAAAAUAAAACUUCAUCUUACAAAAUGUUUGAAUGGACUUAAUGACAAAAAACAGUGAAUUUUAUUUGUCUUAUUAUCUCAACAUUUAAAUUACUUCAUCUAAAAAUAGGAAUAGUUUAGCAACAAAUAGAUAUAUAAAAGGUUAUAAUUUAGAGACUAUCAUUUAAUUUAUGAAAAGGAUAUUAUAUCAUAUCUGUCAAAUGCUUGAAAACUUUUUAUAGAUCUGCAAACAUUAUAGGAAUUAAAAAAUAAAUAAAUGUGGUAGUGAAAUAGUUGCACUAAACAGGCUAAACCAAUUUGGCUUUAAAAUAUCCAUUGGAAGAAUUAUCUAUUUUCUUCAACUCUUUCAUUAUUUAUCGUAAAUGAAGUAAAAGUACCCUUUCAGACUUUCUGCUCUAUGGUAACAGAUGAAAUUCAUCUGUUUUUCUGGUUCUGACGUGUGACCAGUACAAUUGCCUUUACUUUUUCAAUGAUGAUUGGAGUUGGGUGGCUUCAGGGUCAUCCUAUAAAUCCUGAAUUAAAUCCCAGUCUUCACUCAAGACUCCUCAGUACAGAAUCUAAGUGUUUUACCACUCAACCGCCCCAUACACCACUUCUCAUUAGCCUUGUCUUUUGAGUCCAAAGUUAAAUGAGGAAUGCUGUAUUUCCUGUGGCUAUGCACCCCCCACUCUGACCUACAUAUUUUGCCACAUCCAGGGCAAGCAUAACCACUCAUUAUUAUAAGUUGUAACGUACAUAUAAUAUCUGUCCAAUAUUUUGUAUGACAUGCUUUAAAUGUAAAUAUUUCUGGAUUCAAAACAUCUUUUAAGUAGAUUUGAAAUUCUCUAAGAUUGUAUCUAAAAGAUAGUUGUAUUUUUUAAAUUAUUAAUUCAGAAAUUAAAUUGGUUAGAAAGUAAAUUUAUGUUAUAGAACUUAUUGAGAAGUUAAUUAUAAGAAAUAUAUCUUGAGUAUGGUAUUUACUUUCAUUGUAAAAUUGGUAUAUGAGUAUUAGCAUACUAUUUAUUAAUCUAAGCUGUUCAUAAAUUCUUAUUUCUUGAUGUAGGUUUUUAUUCAAUGAUUUGAUUUCCAUGAAAUUUGAAAUGUAUUUUGUAAUGUUUAUUUGUUGCAAUGUUACUCAAAGAAUAUACCAUGGAAGUAUUAACAUUUUUAAAAAAAGUCAGGAGUACUAUACUAGAGACAAUAAUUUUAACGUGGUGCUGUUAAAACUUAGCCAUUUAUUACUCAAAUAUUAGGUCACAAGAGUAUUUGUAUUUAACAAGUCAUCGGUCUAUGCAUUAAUACUUGAUUUCUCUAUUUGUUGUCAUUUUACACUUAUUUAUCAAAAUUAUGUUUCUAUGAUAUUAUUUAUAUGUAGGCCUACAUUUCUAUAUUCAUGUAAUAAUAACUAUUAGGAUUGCAACAUGUCUUUUUUUUUAAAUUUUUGAUAAUGUUAUUGCUAUUUUAUUUGAUACACACAUAUGGAUUUGAAUCUUUCUGUUAAAAAAUGUUAUGUGUUUCUGUAGAUAUCCUGAAGUUGGAUAAUUGUGACGUACUCAUACAAUUAUUUUAAGGUUAAACCUGUGAAGAAAGAAAUGGUAGAAGAUAUAUAGUGAUUCAAAAAAAUUAUUUUUUUUUUAUAAAAGUAAUUAUCAUUAUUAUCCUUGGGGACAUUUUUUAUAUUAUCAUAAUAAAACAUAAGUUGGAAAGAAAGUUGGAUUUUAUUUAAUGAGUUCAUUGCUAAGGGAACAAAAGAGAGUUUUUAAAAAUAGUUUUCUUAAGAAUUUGUUUAUUAAGUUGGUCAUAGUUAAUUCUUAAAAGCUGCAUUUAGGUUUUUACUAAGUUUAUUUUUAAUGUUCAGAUUUUCAAACCAGGAGAUGUUGAAACUUAAAUUACUGCAGAUGUGACCUUGGCAAAACAUUGACAUAACUUUUUUGUUUACACUAAAGAACAUUUCCUUUACUA